UCACAGUUUUUCCAGUUUCUUUGGCUUCAGGACCCUCCCCCGUUAGAUGCGACUGGUCUCUUUCUCUUUCUUUGCACUGUUUAUACUGCUUGAAGAUUAGAAGUGUGUGAACCCCUAUUUUCUUCUGAAUUUCGUCCUUGGGAAGUUGGUUUCUAACUGCAAUACUAGAGCGACACAUAAUCUGGGAGUUCUUGGCCGGCAAGGACCAUGCAGACUCUGCAGAGCUCGGCUGUCCUUCUGCUUUGUAGCUUCCUGAUUGGUCUGAGUUACUCUCUGAACCCAAGAGACCCCAAUGUGUGCAGCCUGUGGGAGAGCUUCACCACCUCAGUGAAAGAGUCCUACUCACAUCCUUACGACGCUGUGACAGAGGAACCCUGCUCGGACCCUCGGACCUCCUACAGAUGCACACGCCACAGGAUCACCUACAAGACAGCCUACAGGCAGGCAGUGAAGACAGACUACCGCAAGAGGUACCAGUGCUGUCCAGGCUAUUACGAGAGCAGAGACAUAUGUGUCCCUCGCUGCACCAAGGAGUGUGUCCACGGUCGAUGUGUUGCUCCAGACCGUUGCCAGUGUGAGGGUGGCUGGCGAGGUGACGACUGCUCCAGCGCCUGUGAUGACAAACACUGGGGACCAGGCUGUAGUCAGCAGUGUAAGUGUGAGAACGGAGCUCUCUGCGAUCCUACCAAGGGGGCAUGUCAGUGUCCUCCUGGGUUCAUAGGACGCUACUGCGAGGAGUCCUGUCCAGCAGGCACUUUCGGGAAGGGCUGUCUGCAGAGGUGCAGGUGUGGGACUGGAGGAUCCUGCGAUAAAGCAACCGGAGAGUGCUUAUGUCGGGACGGAUUCACUGGGACUUUCUGUGAGAAAGCGUGUCCCAGGAAAUGCCAGGCACGAUGCUCCUGCCAGAAUGGUGGGAUCUGUAAAGGCAAAGGGAUCUGCGCGUGUCCGCAUGGAUGGACGGGUGCAGUUUGCACAGAGCGAUGUCCCGAGGGAAAGUUUGGACCAAACUGUGCUGAGGAGUGUGUAUGCCACAACAGCGGCAAAUGUGACCCUAAAAAUGGACAGUGCCAGUGUGCUGAAGGUUUUACUGGUAUCAGGUGUAAUGAGGAGUGUGCUGCAGGUACUUAUGGUGAGGACUGUAAAGGUGUGUGUGACUGUGCUAAUGGUGCGCGCUGCUACAACAUUGAUGGAGGCUGCCUAUGCGAGCCAGGCUUCAGCGGUACACACUGCAGGGAGAGGAUGUGUGAACCCGGCAAAUACGGCAUGCACUGUGAACGCUCGUGUCUCUGCCAAGACAAACACACACUCAGCUGCCACCCAAUGAAAGGAGAAUGCACAUGCCAGCCAGGGUGGGCAGGACUGUUCUGUAACGAGACCUGCGCUCAUGGUUUCUUCGGUCAUGGUUGCCUGGAGCCAUGUCUGUGUGUGAAUGGAGGGGUGUGUGAUAGUGCCACUGGUCAUUGCCGGUGUGCCCCCGGGUUCACGGGAGUUCACUGUGAGAGUCCAUGUAAAAGUGGCACCUACGGCAAGAACUGCUCCCUGGAGUGCUCCUGUAAAAACUUUGUUGACUGCUCGCCAGUUGACGGGACCUGCUUCUGCAAAGAAGGCUGGCGAGCGCCUGACUGUUCCACCCCCUGCUCUAUGGGAACCUGGGGCCCAGGAUGCAACGCCACCUGCCACUGCGCCAACAAGGCAAAAUGUAAUCCUGUAGAUGGAUCCUGCACCUGUACAGCCGGGUGGCAGGGGGCGCGCUGUGACCAACCGUGCCCGAUGGACACAUUUGGGCCAGGCUGCCUGAAGAGGUGUGAUUGUGUUCAUGCCGACGGCUGCCAAGCUACCACUGGGAAGUGCCACUGUCGGCCAGGUUGGUGGGGUUCUCGCUGUAACGAGCCAUGUCCAGAGGGCCUGUGGGGGCGCCACUGUAACCAAACCUGUUUCACGCGUUGCCCCAACAGUGACACGUGCUUGAGGGAAACAGGAGAAUGUGUGUGUCGCCCCGGCUACUGGGGAGUUACCUGUCAGAACAAAUGCAGAGCUGGUAUGUAUGGUGACCAGUGCAGCAUGUCAUGCCCAUCCUGUGGCCAGUCGUACCGCUGCAACCAUGUGACAGGAGAGUGUGAUUGCCUACCUGGACACACUGGAACCAACUGUGAUCAAGUUUGCCCAGCUGGCUUUUAUGGCAAACAGUGUUCUGAAGUGUGUGUUAACUGUGCCAACAACUCCACAUGCGACCACAGGGAUGGUCACUGUGAAUGCUUGCCUGGCUGGACUGCUACUGACUGCUCCAUCCCCUGUAGUCCAGGACGCUUUGGCCCGUUCUGUACUCAGACCUGCUCCUGUCCGACCAACCUCAUCUGUGACCGGUUCACUGGAGACUGUGUGUGUGAAAGUGGAGGAGAUGACUGUAAACUAGAUUUGUCUAAGCAGUCAGGGAGUGUUAUGGUUCCUCUUCCUCCUGGUGAGAGGGAGUCGUGGGGAGCCAUUGGCGGCAUCGUCGUGCUCGUCAUCCUGGUGGUCUUGCUGCUUACUCUGCUGCUGCUCUACCGCCGCAGGCAGAAGGAAAAGCAGAACAACACGCCAGUAUCCUUCUCCACCAGAAGCACAGUCAACUCUGAAUACGCCAUUCCAGAUGUUCCUCACAGUUACCACCACUACUACUCCAACCCGAGCUACCACACACUGAGCCAAAACAGGCCUCCACUGCCACACCUCCCCAACAACCAUGACCGCACUAUCAAGAACACCAAUAACCAGCUGUUCUGCAGUGUGAAAAACAUGGAGAGGGAGCGGCGGGGCUUGUUUGGGGUUGAGAGCAACGCCACACUACCUGCAGACUGGAAACACCACGAGCCCCGCAAAGACUCAGGAGCUUUUGGAAUCGACCGGAGCUACAGCUACAGUGCCAGCCUUGGAAAAUAUUACAACAAAGAGCUGAAGGACACUGUGGCGGUGAGCAGCAGCUCUCUGAACAGCGAGAAUCCUUAUGCUACCAUCAAAGACCUGCCCGGCCUGCCUUUCUGCCCCCCAGAGAGCAGCUACAUGGAGAUGAAGUCAGCCGUGCCCAGAGAGCGAGCAUACACUGAGAUCAGCCCGCCACCGUUCAACACAGCCACCUUACGCAGAGAGCGUCAGAGUUCCCUCGGUCAUGCUCCACACGAAGACCCCCAGAGCCACUACGACCUCCCAGUGAACAGCCACAUCCCGGGACACUACGACCUGCCACCAGUCCGCCGACCCCCCUCUCCCAGGAGAACUCCUCAGUGACAGUCACAACAGCAGAGGAAGUUUCCCUCCUCCUUACUUUGGGGAUGAUUUUAAGCGAAGAGCAAACUUUACACUCUUCUCUGACAAUCAGAGCUGUAGACCACCCACAGAGCAGCAGCGAGGCGCCUGUCCCACCAACUAACUGUUGUUUACAGUGGAUGCUCCCCUUUCAACUCUCAACACUGCCCCUCUGUGGCCUAAAGUGGUACUUGCUUCACCAUGACAGACUUGUCAUCCAGACUGGGGAGCCAGCAGGCUGCGGUGAGGAAGGCUGGAUUGUGGCGACGCCAGCGGGGCUUCAGCUGCAUUUGCCUCCCAUGGGAAAAAUAACCCAGAAGACUUCAUGGUUAAAAGCAGCAACUUGGGAAUUCUUAUGUGUUUGAACUCAUCUUGACAUACUGCAAUUGAAGUUUUCCACAUAUUUUGUUUGCUACUGAUCAGCUGGUGUGCAUGUUUAAAAGGCCCCUUUUCAUCAGAAUUCAAAUUUUCUUCUGUCUUCAUCAUCAACAGUGACUUAUGUUUACAUUGUUUUUAGUUUUUGUUUUAUAUUCUAUCACUUCAGAAUCCAAACUUUUUUAACAGGCAGCUUUGGAUGAACAGAUCACAGCUGGACUUCCUUUUGAUUUGCUCUUCAAAAAACCUUGUCAACCUUAAAAAAGGGAAAGAGACAAAGUUCAUGGGACCUUUUUUUGAAAACAUGUGCUCUUAUACAUGAGGUAUAUUUUCUACAGCGAAUGAAGUAGUGCAAAAAAAAAAAUCCUGCCAGCGUUUAAGACACGUUAUUAAAACAUUGUUUCUCUAUUGGUGAUAUUCGGGUUUCUGGAAUCUGGAGAAGUCAGGUUGUUUCACAAAAGUACCAAAUAUUUGUUUACCACCUGAAGGCCACGAUGAACAGCUUUUCUUUUUAAAUUCACAUCACUGUCUUCUCCAGAUGCUGCAUUUAGACACACAAUGAUACACGUGUCCCCUGUUUGUUUAAGCCGCGUUUGUUAGUCUAUGGUUUACACAAAUGUGGCUCGCUUAUUGCUGCUGUCAGGAAAAAAAAAAACCUUUGUAAAUACAGAAAGAUAUUGUUAGCUUCACUGUAAUGUAGAAUAUCCCUAUUUUAAGAUGAUCAUGUCUUUAAGGGGUUUGUGUGACCAAAGCAUUGACUGUGGACCAAAGAUACGCAUAACAUAAGCACAAACUAAAAUAAACCAUCAUCAAACAGGGAAUUACAAGCCAAAUCAAAGCAGCAUUAUGAAUGUCAGUGUAGUGUCCUACAGCAACCGAUUGGUCAUUGCAGCUCUGUAAUUGUCAGACCCACAAUGGGCACUUAAAAACAAAAUCAUAAAACUUGGCGCCUACAUUACUCAUAAUGCAACUACAGCACAGAUAGUCAGGAUGGAGUUGUGUGUUAUGUUGGUAGGAGCUAAUGUAACCUUGAGCUGGCAACAUAAAGCAGAGAUGAGGACUACAGAGGUCUGGUAGCUCACUUAUUUCCAACUCCGUACCCCCAGAUAUUUUCUGUCUGACUUGUGUUCAGCCCCAACCACUGCAAACGUAUUAUUUUGGGGUAAUUUUCAAUACUGUGAGUACCACAAAUAUACAGAAUAACCAAAACUAUGUGUAAGGCCAAAUACCAGUAAAGGUGAUAAAAUGUUUGUUUUGUAAUGUAACUUUUUGUAAUUUUCAACUGUCAACCAAAGUUUUGCCUCUAUAAAUAUUUUUGGAAAUAUGCGCUCAUUUUGUAUCAAAUCUGGAUGAAAUCAGUUACAUAAUAGAACCCCAGGGUACCACAAAAAAAUGUACAUUGUGCUUUUAAAUGCUAUAGUUUCUGGGUAGGGCUUCAUCUUUUUUUUUUUUUAUGAAUGGCCAAAUAUUUAACCUAACUAUGGGAACAUGUGUGUAUAUAAUGUAAAUAAAAAUGGAUGCACUUUU